GUUAGGACUACCAGUCGGGGAGGACGCCUCGACAUGGGGGCCAUCAUGGCGCGACGGGGCGCCGUGCCAAUGGACGGCGGCGACGCUGGUGCAGGCGGCGACGCGGCGUUCCACACGCACCUGAUGCGGCUGUUCAAGCGGCGCUGCUCGGACCCGAGCCCGCAGCUGGUGUCGCUGAGCCCGCUCAGCCAGGACGCGUGCGAGUCGCAGCCGGCGACGCCCGACUGCUCGCUGGACCAGCCGCCGCCGCUGGGCGCCGCCACGGGGCACCAGGGAGGGGCGCCGGCGGGCGCCGGCGCGGGCGGCCGCGGCGCGCACCAGCGGGAGCGGCCGCGCAGCAUGCACGACCAGCCGUCGCCCAAGGCCACCAGGAAGGGCCUGGCGACGUGGGGCAAGAAGGUGGGCCGCAAGUGGGAGCAGCUGAAGCGCAGCGACUCGUCGGAGCUGCUGGCGGUGGCGCCCGGCCGCAGGCGGCACUGGUCCCCGGGCAAGGCGCCGGCCGCCGGCGCUGCCCCCGGCUCCGCGGCCGCCACCGGCCGCCGCAUCUCCAGGGUCGAGUCGCUGCGCAGCCUCUUCGUGCGCGACGAGCGAUCCAAGCAGCAGCAGCAGCAACGGGUGGCUCCUGCCGCUGCCGCCGCCGCCGACUCGAGGAAGGACGCCGAGUGGGUUAAGGAGGAAUGUAGGCGUGGACUGGCAGAUCUUUACCAGCUGAAUGCUCUUUUGCUGGAUGAGCAACAGGUGUUGGACUAUUUGGCAGCUGCUGGUGGCUCUGGCCGCACAUUGAGUUGUGAGGACCUGCUAGCCACCUUGCAGCAACACAAGGCAAUGGCAAAUGGUGGCUGCCCUAUUCCACCUUCACAGCCUGCAGCACCAGCUUCAAAUGCUGGUCGUAAGUUGGCUGUGCUAACAGAGGAGACAACAGUUAGCUCUCCUCGUGUACGACGAAGGGGGAAUAGCUGUGAUGAUCUGCUGGCUGCUGGAUGUGAUGAUCCAGAGCCAAGGAGGCAAAGGAAUAAGCCAUCAGGAUUUCGUGCUGGUCGUACUGUCUCUCUCACAAAUCCUCCUACACAACCAGUAGCAAAUGGUGUGCUGCCUACUGCAAUAAACGGUAACAAUCUGUCAAUCACAACAGCAAAUGGGCAACAGCUGUCAGUUGAUGAACUGUGUGCAUUCCUGAGUAAUUUACUUGCUGUAAAAUCUGAUGAGAGUGGUUAUGAAAGUGAUUCAACGCGAGCUGGUUCAGAUUCUCCUCGAGGUUCCAUAAAGUCUGCUGCAUCAGAUUUUCCUUCAAUGAUUAAUGGAAAUCAUAUACAAGCAAUAUUUGGUAGUGUACAACCUAGGCAGCCAUUGCAACAUCAGCGAUCAAAUGCAUCGUCUUUAGCUGAACAAGAUGAUGAGACUAAAACUACAAAGUCUUUGAACUGUGAUGAUGACGCUGCUAUUCCAGAUGAUGUUUUUGAAGAGGAAGAGGAACAUUGUGAUAAUGUUAAUAUAGUUGAAAAUGGGACAGAUGAGAAGUUGUCAUUCUCUCGACAGAGAAAUGCUCGGAUUAAUAUGGGAAUUCGCCGAGGUGAUGUGAAGACACUGGGUGGCCGUAAGACUGGAAGUGUUGGUGGUGGUAAUGUAAAUGACACUGAACAACAGUCACUCCUCUGUGACCGAUGCAAACCACAAAAACAGCAACAACCAAUGCAGAAUUCCCAACACACACAAGAAAGAGAAUUUAAGUGUAUUCGAUUCGCCAAGGAUGAUUCUGGUGAGCUAGGAGUUUACAUUGAGAAGAAAGAUCCUAGUGCAAGGUCAACAUGUUACAUAAUUUCCCAUAUUGAACCAGGAGGACCCAUUGACAGGGAUGGAAGAUUUCAAAUCGGUGAUGAGCUUGUAAAAGUCAAUGGUCGUAGGCUCCGUGGUCUCACACUGGUAGAAGCUCGUGCCACAUUAAAGAAUACGCCAAAAGAUGUAGAUAUAGUUGUAGCACGUAAAGUUUCUCCUGGAUCUGAAUGUGUAUCUAGUCCUGCAGAACCACCUACAGCUGAGGUGCCCAAAUCAGAAUCAAGAGUUCCUCUCUCCUCAGCACAGCAGUUAACUGGAAUGAAAAAGUUCUCACAGCAUUUCGAUGCUAAUCCACGCCCAAGAAGACCUACCGCAGGAGCUGCACAAGGUUCUACUGACAGUAGGAGGACUAUAGGGGGUUCUGCUGUUAGUGGUGGCAACAGCAGUGGUGGUGGUACAUUGCCACGAAGACCAAAAUCACUUUCCAUGCAACUCUUCACUGUCACAUUUCAGAAAGGUCCUGGGAAGAAAUCUCUGGGAUUCAGUGUGGUUGGUGGACAGGAUUCUCCGAAAGGUAGCAUGGGAAUAUUUGUGAAGACUGUGUUCUUGACUGGACAAGCUGCAGAAGAGGGCACUCUAAGAGAAGGAGAUGAAAUUCUUGCUGUAAAUGGAAACCCACUGCAGGGCUUGACACAUGCAGAAGCUAUUAAUGUGUUCAAAAACAUCAAGUCUGGAGAGGUGGUAUUGCAUGUUGGUCGCAGAGAUCCUCAACAACGCAGAGCCAACAAAUCAAAAUCUUGUGAUGAUCUGGACAAAUUCAAUGGCUGACAAAAAGAUCUCAGUACUCCACAAAGAUGAUCUGAUUAAUCACACCAUGAAAUAUAGUUACUAGCAAGUCUGAUAUCCUAAAGAGAAGCUUGACCUUUUGCAUUCAUGUGUGAAAUAUAUAAUGCAAAUGCUGCCAAAUAUUUAACGAGUUAGACAAAAUAACAGUUAAUUCUGUAGCUUUAAAUGACAUUUUUGUGUGUCCUUUAAUUCUGUUAAGUUUUUGUAAUUAUGUAAAAAGUUUUCUAUUUGAAAAUAGUAGACUGUUGUACAUAGGUUUUAACAUUUUAAUGAAAAUAAGGUGUAUUAUAUAUAGGCAUUAUACCAAAUAAAACAAAUGUAACAUUUUAAAUAUUUAAUUUUGUGGCUGGAGAAGACAAAAAGAUACCAAUUAGAAUUCUCUGUAUAUUGUAGCAGGAAUGUACCAGAGUCACUGUCAUGAUAAACUGUUAAUGGGCAUAAAAGAAAAGCACAUCAUGUAAUUACUAUGUAUUACAAACUGCGCAAGUGAUAAUUUGAAUUUUGUCUUUCAGUAAAAGUGAAAAAUAAUUUACUUCCAAUAAAAAGUAAAUGGAAUAGUA